AUGGGACCAGUCUCGUCACCAAUACCAAAGAAUCCAGAGACAAGUCAAUGUAAACCAGUCGUGCUCAAUUGUGGUGUGCACAUAUUGGCCGAUGUAAUAAUACAUAGGCCAAUGGACUGGGCCGGCUUGGACGAAGUGGCCAAUUUGUCGAUACCUAGACCAACUCCCACAAAAGUUAUGGCUGAAGGUAAUGGUGAAGUGCCGGAAGAGCCAAUGAUAAUCGAAUCAGACGAAAAGACCGAAGAUUACCAGAAACUAAUUGACUAUGGUCUUGAUGAAAAAGUGGCGGCUAAGCUUGAUGAGAUUUACAAAACUGGAAAAUUAGCUCAUGUCGAUCUCGAGGAGAGAGCCCUCGAUUAUAUGAAAAAGAUUCCAGUUGAUGGAGCUCUCAAUUGUCUUGGUCAAUUUUUGGAAUUCAACCUGGAACAUGUCUCGAACAAGUUGCCUUAUUUGUGGGGAGUCAUGAAAAUGUACAUACUGGAAAAUCGAGCUGGUUCAAAACAAGGUCUUGCUGCCCCAAAGACCGAAGAUUACCAGAAACUAAUUGACUAUGGUCUUGAUGAAAAAGUGGCGGCUAAGCUUGAUGAGAUUUACAAAACUGGAAAAUUAGCUCAUGUCGAUCUCGAGGAAAGAGCCCUCGAUUAUAUGAAAAAGAUUCCAGUUGAUGGAGCUCUCAAUUGUCUUGGUCAAUUUUUGGAAUUCAACCUGGAACAUGUCUCGAACAAGUUGCCUUAUUUGUGGGGAGUCAUGAAAAUGUACAUACUGGAAAAUCGAGCUGGUUCAAAACAAGCUAUGCCUGAAGGUAAUGGUGAAGUGCCGGAAGAGCCACUGGAAUCAGACGAAAAUGUUACAACAGUACCAACUCCUUCAGUCCCCGAGGUCGUCCCCGAGGUCGUCCCCGAGGUCGUCCCCGAGGUCGUCCCCGAGGCCACCACUGCAAGAAGAAAGAGAAGGCGGUCUGAGCCUGCAGAUAGUUCAACAGCGACACCACCCGCCAAAGUUCGGAGAACACGAUCUAUGGGACCGCCAGUCCUUUACAAUAUGGAGUCACCAAUAACAAAGAAAAAGGACGAGAAGGCGAUUGACUUGUCUCGAUGGAAGCUAUUGUGGAAGUCGAGGGUGCCCGACCUCUCCACAAUAGCCGAAGUUGAUCCUGAGACAAGUCAAAAUUUACCCAAUACUAUCAUUCUCGAGUGCGGAGUUACCAAAAUGGCUGAUGUGAUGAUACAUCGGCCAAUGGAGGCGCCCGGCUUUAAAAAAAAGUUGAUGUAUCGAUACCUAGACCAACGCAAUCGCCCACUGCCACAGAAGGCGUCCUUGGUUAAAAACCAUCAAUAG